ACGAGAAAAAACGGCACUGUUUAGCAGGUAUCCCAUGUCCAUUUUAUAAGUAAGGGGAGGAGAAGGUGGAGGAUGGAUUUCAGAGGGCUUGCGAUGGUGAGGCUCAGGAUUGGUGGAUGCUCCUGUUUGGCAUGGCCCCCUGCCAAGCGCUUAUGUCUUUAUAUACUGUAAACAGAUGACCAACCAGUCCCGAGUGUGUCUCUGUGUUCACCCUCUUUCCAACUCUCUGCACCUUUAUUCUCUUCCCUUCCUCAUCCUCUUUUCUGCACACUGCAUCUGUACACCUUCAAGACUUUUUCUUAAGAAGACCGGGCAAAAACAGCAAACACAUCCUCAUCUGUUAAAAGUCUUGAGUCACUUCUUGGAGAAACCACCCUUCAAGCCUUCAGCUGUUCGUAGUGCCAGCGUGGGUGAGAGAAACCAUGUCUCAGCAGAUGUUGCUCUUGACGGCGGUGUCCAUGUGGCUUUUCGCCGGGUUCUUCCUGGCAGAGGCGACAUAUAACAGCCACAUGUACAACCGCUACCGUGCGUUCAAUCACCAUGCCAACAUGGACAAUCAGCUUCCACCAGAGGUACCUGUGAUGGCAGAGACAGUGGCACCCCGACGAGUCAACUUCAGUCGCACCUUUUAUGGGAUCAUGUUCGAUGCUGGCAGCAGUGGCACUCGUAUCCACAUUUACAAGUUCAUUCAAAAAGACCCAGUUGAGCUCCCAGUGCUGGACAAUGAGAUGUAUCAUGCCGUCAAGCCUGGACUGUCACAUUAUGCGGAUAAGCCUGAUGUGGGUGGAGAAACCAUUAGGCAGCUGCUGAAAGUGGCAAAAAAGACAAUUCCCAAAGAGUUAUGGAUACAGACACCUGUGGUUCUAAAAGCCACUGCAGGCUUGCGCUUGUUGCCUCAAGAAAAAGCCAAAGCCCUGUUGGAUGAGGUGAAAGAAGUCUUCGAUGACUCUCCUUUCUUUGUGCCAAACAACAGUGUGUCCAUCAUGAAUGGUGCCAAUGAGGGGGUCUUGGCAUGGGUUACAGUAAACUUCCUGACAGGUCAUUUGUAUGCUAAAACAAGAAGAACUGUUGGGAUUCUAGAUUUGGGUGGAGGUUCAACCCAAAUUACUUUCCUCCCAAAAUUAAAGAAAACUGUACUGAAUGCUCCACUAGACUAUAUUGCCAGAUUUAACAUGUUUAACAGCACGUAUGAGCUGUACACACACAGUUAUCUCGGAAAUGGAAUUUUUGCAGCUCGACUGGCAACUCUUGGUGCUCUCGGUUCUGAUGAUAUCGACUGGAAAGUUUUUAGAAGUUCUUGCUUGCCCAAAAAAUUCAGUGAAGAGUGGUCCUUUGGUGGACUCACAUACAAAGUCAGUGGAAACCCAGACGGUUAUGCAGGGUAUAAGCUGUGCUACCAUGAAGUCAUGCGUGUAGUGAAAGGGAUUGUGCACCAGCCCUUGGAAGUGAAGGGAAGCAGUGUGUUCUAUGCCUUUUCCUAUUACUACGACAGAGCUGUGGAUUCUGGUCUCAUUGACGGAUCCCGUGGUGGUACUGUGGAAGUCAGGGAUUUCAAAAAGAGAGCCAAAGAAGUGUGCAAUAAGAUGACCAAAUAUCGUGCAGUCAGCCCUUACUUGUGCAUGGACAUGACUUACAUCACCUGCUUACUAAAAGAGGGAUUCGGCUUCAAGGACAGCACUGUUCUGCAGCUUACUAAAAAGGUGAAUAAUGUGGAGACGAGCUGGGCGCUCGGUGCUGUCUUUGAUCACUUGCACAAUCUUAACAUUCAUUAAGCCUGCGAUCUUCUGGCUUUAAGCAGUAAGGGGAGCACAGGGACCACGCAGGAGGACACCUCACCUAAUCAAGUAACCCCACCACCUUUUACCCUACACUCCUCAGUGAAUUUCAGAUAUGCACUGCACUCCUAAACCACCACGAUCUCCAUCAUUACCAUCCCAAAUCAAACCCCCAGAAAACUGUUCUUAUUUACUGUGUUAUUUAUGUACAGAUGGCAAGGCCAGCCUGCUACUUCUACUGUAUGUUUACAUUUUUCCUCUUUUGUCUCUCAUCUAAUAUACUGUUGAUGUCGACUUUGGACGUUUUCAAAGUUUCAAUGUAUAACGCAACUAAUCAGAGCUGUUUAAGCUCGAUCUAUGUUGCUGUGCAGGGUAAUGUGCAGUGUGAUAUUUGUAAAAAGCCUUGUGUGAGGUAGUAUAGCAUCCAUAAACGGUCUAUUGUCUUUAGUUUGCAGCAGUGCUUGUACACUAGUGUAGUACUCUGUUAGGGUAUUGUCAAUUAUAUUGAAAACUCCCUAAGUCUUUAGUGCCCUUAUUCUAGCACAUAACACUUUAAAUGGAGCUGUAAGAGCCAUCCGUGCUAUUUUGGAAAAUUAUGUGGGAGCAACAGUUCAAAAUGAAGAUAAUGGUACAAGUAGGGAUAGGAACAAAAUCAUACCAUAUACUAAUUUGAUAAAUAAUACAUGAGUGAUGUAAAUUAAUGAGUUAUUUAUUUUGGUUUUAUUCUUAUGUUGAGAAGGUAUGCAACGUUGACCUGUAGUUGGAUUAUAAUAUCUUCAGAUGGACAUUGCUCUUGGUGAAAUGCUACAAGGGCUUUUUUUUACCAGCCAUGGAUUAUUGAGUAGCAUACAGUAUGGUGCUUUCUACUUAUUAACAAAAAAAAAACAGACACAUGGUAAGAUUCUGUCAAUAUUUUAAAUGUAACUCAAGUGACUACUGGCUGGAAGUUAAUAAUUAAGACUUUAUGGUACUGUAUAUUACACUAAAUUUACUUAUUAAACAUUGUUAAAUGCAAUAUGGUAACAUGCACCAUCUGUAACAUUUAGAUCUUGGUUUGGUUAAUGUAGGCCUGGUUUCACAGACAAGGCUUAGCUAAAGCCAGGAAUAGGCCUUAGUUAAAUUAAGAUGUUUAAGCAUCUCUUAUAGACACACCUUAGAAAAAGGUGUUACUGGUGUGUAUCUUGAGACAAAUCAAUGGCACUGGCAUAUUUUAAGAUCUGUCAGUGCAAAAUAUUUUCAAUUGAAAGAGCUCAAACAUAUGUCUAAGUCUAGGACUGGUCUUAAGCCUUGUCUGUGAAACCAAGGGGUCAUUGUGCAUGCAUGCUUAUGUGUAAAGCAUUGCAAAGAACCAAAUCUUCCAGAAAUUUUAACUUGUUGUUUAAGUGUUACAUGUGCACACCCAUGUAGAUACCCUGACUGAUUUAACAGGCUUUACUCAAUUAGCAUCAUGACAUGCUUUUGUGAAUUAUUGUACAAAUAUUUAUUACAGUGUGGCAUUGUUCUUCCUUUUCUUGUUAAUCCAAGAACAUCUCUAAACCAGCAUCAUUAUAAAAAAUAUGAUAUAUAAGUAGUUACUAUAUAUAUCAGCAAAUGGCCUCAUCAGUAUGGUUAACUUUGCCACAAGUUGUGUUUAUGAACGAUUAUCAUGUACAACAUAUGUUUUUUUGCUUUUUUUGAGGUAUUACCUGCAACAAAUGCUAUAAAUAUGGCUAUGCUUUUCAAAUAAAUGCUGUAUAUUAUGAAGUGAUAUUGUAUGUAUU